AUGCUUGUCAUCAGUGCAGCGCUCAUCGUCUUCCUCUCAACCUUCCUUCAGCUGCUCUUGUCUCCCUUCACCAAAGUAGAGGAGUCCUUCAACCUUCAUGCCAUCCACGACUUCAUCCAUCAACCCGCGCUGUCGGCCGUCGCACACGCCGGAGACCAUCUCCAAUUCCCCGGCCCACUUCCGCGGACAUUCAUCGGCGCACUGUUCGUAGGCGCGAUCUCCAGGGCGCUCCUGCCCAUCCUCAGAUUCAUCGGCCUCGUCCAAUCCAAAUUCGCCGAACAAAUCUUCGUCCGCGCCCUCCUCGCUGUCUUCAACUCUAGCUCGUUGGUCUACUUUGGACUCUGUACUAGAUUCGUCUUUGGCGAUCUCGUCUCAGUCUCCAUGCUCUUGCUCUCGGCCAUUCAAUUCCAUCUCGCUUUUUACGCAAGUCGCACUUUGCCCAACAUGUUCGCCUUCCCAUUCGUCCAAAUUGCAUUAGGUCAAUAUAUGAUUACCAUGAAGAGGGGAAAAACGAACUCGGUGCGAAAACAAGGGACCUUAAAUGCGUGCUCGUUUUUGACUUUUGCCGCGGUGAUCUUUCGACUCGAAUUAGUCGCUCUCUUAGCUCCGAUCGUCCUCCUGAGCUUGAUAUCUAAGCGGGUCACAUUCUGGCAGCUUGUGAGUCGAGGGUUUUUGGUUACUUUUGCUGCGUUAGAGAUGACCUUGCCUAUUGAUUCAUAUUUUUGGCAAAAGUUGACCUGGCCCGAGGGCACUUCUUUAAUUUUCAACGUACUUGAAGGCAAAUCUGCUGAUUGGGGUGUGAUGCCAUGGCACUUUUAUUUCACAUCAUCGCUUCCCAAACUCUUAGGAAUCAGUUACCCACUCGCACUCUUGGGAUUUGUUUUGAAUCGCAAGAUAUUCCUCUUGGGCGCUUGUACCCUAGUGUUUAUAGUGGCAAUGUCGUGUCUGGGCCACAAAGAGACUAGAUUCAUCAUCUACAUCGUCCCAGUUUGGAAUCUUUCCGCUUCAGUGUCCGUGCAUCGUAUGAGCAGCCCUUUCCGUCACUCGAGAUGGAUCAAGUUGGGAAUAAUGUCAAUCGUUGGGGUGAUUGCUACGCUAAACACAGCCUUAACCACUUAUCUCUCAAUGUACAACUAUCCAGGAGGAACAGCAAUGGUAUCAUUGCACUCGCUUGAAGGUUUUUCUGGCCAGGACCUCAACAUCCAUCUGGACAAUCUAGUGUCCCAAACUGGCGGAUCACGCUUUCUGCAACUGAACGACCUCGAUGGAAUCCGAACCUAUCCACUGUCCAGCAAAGGCCGGGCAUGGCACUAUGACAAGCUAGCCAACUUGACAGAAGCGAGCCAGCAAUUCGAUGUGAUUCUUUCGGAACAGCCAGAGCUUCCUGAUUUUAAAGCUUUGGAACAUGUCUCAGCUUUUGAUCGUAUUCGUCGGCGACACUUUCAAACUUCCCUAUCCGAUAGACUGGUUCGCUUUAUCCAAACUUGUCCGGCUAGGAAAACUUGCUUCUCACUUAACUCGAUAUUCGAGUCGUUCAGCCCCGUCGAAACCUCUUUCAAUCACAAACGAGUCUCUAUUUUCCUCAAUCAAUCAAUAAAUCCUCCCUGA